UUUAGAAGGAAUAAAUGCAGAUCUGAUCACCCAGUUAAUACCCUCAAAAGGGUUCACUCCGGUCAUCCACCUGUCUACAUCCCCACCUAAGGCGUAAAGAUCACUAAAAUCAGGAUGAGAGUGUCCUGUUUGAUAUCAGUUUGUACAGUUUUUGGCUAUCAACUCCUCUAUUUCUUCAUAAGUAAUGUUUUUGUGAUGUAUGUUUUUUAUAUAAUUGUUUUUAAUAAAAAUAAAGGUUGAAUUUCAGAAACUGUCUUAAAUCAGUUUUAAAAGCUUGCACUGAAACAGAUUUCUGCAGUGUGCAUUAUGCUGCAGAAGCAUCGGAGCUCCGACAGUCUCAACAGAAAUGAACCUUCACAUCAUCUACAGAACGGUUUGAAUUACAGAGUGCAUUCAGUAAAGCCGUGCUUGUGUUGCUUUAAAUGACAAGCAGCAUACACUGUGGAGCUUCUUAAACAGUUACAUUAAAAGCUUAACAUCUGUCUUUUACCAUCAAAACUAACUGAUGGGAGUGUCUGUCUGCUGGGGUGUGCAUGUUCAUAGACUUCAGAAUUAUGGAGGUUUAAAGGUGCCAGAAUUCAAUAAAUGGCUGUAUCAACAAAUGAUUAAUUAAAUGUGACAAAUAUUAACUGGUUGGAAACAUUAACAUAAUUUAUUAAGUAUAUAAAUAAUUGUCAGUAUCAAAAAUAUUCAUAAAAUGCAUAAUCACUCUCUCACUAGUUAUUUCAUGUAUGCUGCAGUACAUCAUGAAUUUAUUCUGAAAUGCAAUAACUUUAAAUAAAUAAAAAAUAAAUAUUUGAAAGACAUAUGAAACACUUCUCUGUCUGUGCAUACAUAAUAUCAACGAAAGUCCUCUAUUUUUGAUACAUCGUCAGCCUACCUAUAAGCUUCAUUUAAAAUGUCUAUCAGCGUUAGUUGGUCAGCAUAACAAAUGUAAACGCAGCAAUUUUAUAGCCACUUGUCUCCCACAAGGCGCGGUUUUAAUCAUUACAAAGACGAAACAUGAACAAAAGCUAAAAGCUAUACAGAAGCGUCAGAAAUACUUGCGUACCCCAUAAAUUACGCAAGUACUGGCUACUUCCGCCUUCCCUGCGUUACUAUAGAAACGUUAGUUUAGCCCGUUGGACCUAAAACUGACGACCUGCUGUUGUUUUAUCUUUGAAAAUAACCCAGAAAGCAGUUCUCCGUCAUCAUUAUCAACUCCGCGCGAAUUAUGCCGCCCAAAAAGAAAGAGACAAGUAAAAAGCCGGAAACUGCAAGGACCCCUACUCUGAUAAAUGGUCUCACCAAGGAGGAGAUGUCCAAAGAGCAGAUGGAAGAGCACAUUGUGAGACUUCGUGAAGAGCUGGAAAGAGAGAGGGAGGAGAGGAACUACUUCCAGCUGGAGAGAGAUAAGAUUAAUUCAUUUCGCAAAGUUACUGACAGAAAACUAGAGGUAGUUAAGGCUGAACUUAAAAACGUGGACAAGGCCAUAGAAGAUGACGAGGCGCAUCACCAGCUAGAGAUAAAGGUCUUUAAACAGAAGAUGAAGCACCUCUUAUGUGAACAUCAGAACACAAUUGCUGAGCUGAAAGCAGAUCAUUUAACCUCGGCUGAGGUGCGUGAGAAAAACCAGCAUGAACUGGAGGCAGAGCUGUGUGAGAAAAAGCUGACCAUCCUGGCUGACAUGCAGGAAUUUAACAAUGAAGACAUUUUCAGACAACUUAAGUUGAAACAUGAAGAAAACAUGGCUGCAGCUAAGGACAAAUGGGAGAGGGUGCUGGCAGAAACUGCGGCCAAAAAUAAGGCAGAGAUACAACAGCUGCAAAAAGAGCAGGACAACAUGACGAAAAGUGUGAUCUGUGAGAAAGAGCUGCUCUGGAAGAGCCACAUCGGCAUUCUUAAAGAAGACGCAAAGAAAGCCUUAAGUGACGCAAAGGAAUUUGAAAUUAGGAUGGAACAAGACAACGCAACACAGAAAAAAGUUGUUAUGGACAGCAGUUCUAAAAAGAGGAAGAAACUGGAAAAGAUGCAAGAGGCCUUGUAUGCAAUUUUGAAGGAAAAUAACCGAUUAGCUAAGCUUGUUGCAGAAGCCACGGGUGAACUUAGCCAUCUUGAAAAAAGAGCAAAAUUGUUCUCCAAGACAAAGGGUCCUAUCAGUAAUCCUAAUAAAAAGCCACUGAAAGACUUGAAGAAAGACCAUGAUGAAUUAGAACAGAAAUUCAGUAAGCUUCAGAUCGAGAUGGAUGAACUGCAUUCGUCCGUCCCUCAGAAAAUUUGUAGUGUGCAGAAACAAGCCGAUCUGUCGCUCAGGCCUCUGGAGGAUGAGCUGCAGGCUCUGACAGACCGUCUGGAGAAGAUCCAGGCUCAGCUUUACGCCGUGCUCUCAGGCCCCAGCGUGGACCAAACCGCUGUUGCUGAGCUCACUUCCAAAGUCGAGAAAGAUCUGGAGGCCAGAAAUUCUGCCAUCAAGAAUCUAAAGUGUAACAGAUGUCAGAUUUCCCAGGCUCGCUGUGCCAUACAGCUGAAGGCAGCACGAAGAGCUUGUAAGUGAGAGAAGGAUUUUUUUGGAAAGCACAGCACAGAUUGUGGAAAAAGAAUCACAUGCUCCAACUUUGCAUGUUCAUUAAUAAAUAAAAUCUAAGUUAAGCAGUUGAAUCCAGCAAAUGAGCGGAGAACAACCAGGCAGCUUAUACAGGGGAGAGUGAGCAGAAGCAGCAUGGAGAACAAGUGAGAGUAAGCAGGUGAAAAACAGCUGAGGACAAUGAGUGGCAGAUGGCCGCUCACACUGAGCCUGGUUCUGCUGGAGGUUUCUUCCUGUUAAAAGGGAGUUUUUCCUCUCCACUGUCACUACAUGCAUGCUCAGUAUGAGGGAUUGCUACAAAGUCAACAC